UCGCAACGGAGCGGUUUGGUUCAGAGUUGGAUCUCGCUCGCCUCGCCACGUGGCAGCCACCCAAAGCCCCACCCCUCCUCCUCCUCCGUCCCGCCAUGGCGCCGCCGCCCGCCGCAGCUUCCGCCGGGGCCGGGGCGCACAACGUGUUCGUGUACGGGAGCCUCAUGGCGGACGAGGUCGUGCGCGCCAUCAUCAAGCGCGUCCCGGCCUCCUCCCCCGCGCUCCUCCCCAACUACCACAGGUUCAACAUCAAGGAACGGAUUUAUCCUGCAAUCCUACCUGCUCAAAGCAAGAAAGUUGCUGGCAAGGUCAUCAUGGGUGUUACUGAUGCAGAGCUCCAUAUUCUGGAUGAAUUUGAAGAUGUGGAAUACGUCAGGAGGAAAGUUGAGAUAUCAUUAACUGAUACUUCAGAGACAAUGCUUGCUGACACCUAUGUAUGGGCUGAUGCAGAGGAUCCAAAUCUUUAUGGUGAAUGGGAUUUUGAGGAGUGGAAGAAGCUGCACAUGAAAGAUUUCCUUGCGAUGACGCUCGGAUUCAUGCAUGGUCUCGAACAGCCUGAAUCGAAGUCCAGGGUUGAAACCUACCAAUCAUUUAUGCAGGACAUCGAACAGCCUGGGACGAGGACGACCGAGGUUGAGAUAUGAAGGGAUUGCCAUGAGUUCUUCGCCAACAUCUGAAUACUACUGAUAUAGUGAUGUGGCAGUGCGCUGUAUUAGCAUGUUACAAUUAAAUAAACGCAUCUCCUUGUGAAUGAGAUCCUUAUAGCAUCGUCCAUUAAUAACGCAGAUUCAGUGUGAAUAAAAUUUCUAGUAUGACUUGGGCUGUCCAAUGUGUGCUGGUGAUGCAUGAUUUUUACCACAGAAUU